AUGGCCGCUCCCGAACCUCCCACAAACACCCAUUCUAAACGGGAGGCCGACUACGAGCGCUUCAAAAACUAUGCCGCGCUCACCUUCCUCGUCGCCUCACCCGUAUUGAUCGCCAUCCCACCCCGCAAACUUGACCACUUCACCGUACUCCUAACCGGCGCAUUCUGCGUGUCUGCGAACCACAUAACCCGCGAGCGCACGGGGCGCAGCAUUGUCGACCGCCUAGAGACGCGGCUGACCUCCACCCCGGCCGCAUUCCGGGAUCUGCCCAGUGAUCGCGCCGAAGAGAUCCAGGCCCGACUACGUGCGGCUCGCGAUGCGCAGAUCCGCGACGGCGGGUCUGUCAGUGACGGGGUAGAGAAGCUCAAGGCACGGCAGCAACAAGAAAAAGGGCUCGCGAACCGGGUCUGGAUGGGUGGGGAGGAGGAGGGGUGGAAAGAACGUCGGUUGCGCGAAGAGCAGAAGGCUCUCGAUGAGGGCAAGGGAUAUGGCGAUCUGAUUAAAGAGCAUAUCUGGGAUGUAUGGACGUGGGGUCGCAAGGAUGAGUCUGAGGAGGAGGAUUGA